AGCGCGGCAGCGGAGCGCGGCGCCGCCGCGGGUGUGGGCGCGCCGGGGAGCCCCGCACGGCGGCCCGCAGCCGGGGGCGGCGGGCGGCACCGCCUCGCCGGCCGGGGGGGGCGCCCGGCCCUGCGCGCCCCGCACCGCGGCCCGCCGCCGCCGAGAGAUGGCGGAUUCCUAUGCCUGUAAAGGUGGAAGGAAGACUGCAGGCUCUAACAAACCCGCUGCCAGCAAAGAAAGCAGGACGGAGACAAGGAUAAACCCGCCGGCAGAGCUGCCCAAGCUCGGAAAUGCAACCAGUGACAAAACCGAAGGCAGGAAGAAAGGACGACCCAAGGCUGAGAACCAGGCACUGAAAGACAUCCCCCUCCCCCUGAUGAACCAGUGGAAAGACGAAUUCAAAGCCCACUCCAGGGUGAAAUGUCCCAAUUCAGGCUGCUGGCUGGAGUUCCCCAGCAUAUAUGGCUUGAAGUACCACUAUCAGCGCUGCCAAGGGGGUGCGAUUUCAGAGAAGCUGACCUAUUCAUGCUUGUACUGCGAAGCUGCCUUCACCUCCAAAACCCAGCUAGAAAAGCAUCGGCUCUGGAAUCACUUAGACCGGCCAGUGCCAACCAGCAAAGCAGAAAACAAAGUGCCGAAGGCCAUUGGGAAGAGCAGUGGCAAAAAAAGAGCUGCUGAGAGUUCAGCUUGCCCCACCAUCCAUCCCAAACAGGCAAAGACGGAAAAAGCUGUGGCCCAGGACCACGCUGAGAAUGGCGAGUGCCUGGUGGAGAGCCGGGAGAGCAAGGAGUUUCAGAUCGCAGCAGCUGAGGCAAUGGCAGCCGCCACCCCCACGGCGAAGUCCUCGAGCGGCAAGGAUGCCGUGCAGCAGGGGGGCAGCCAGGCCUCGCUGCAGGAGGAAGACCCCGAGAGGAUGAAGCACAGAAGGAAACAGAAAACUCCUAAGAAAUUUACGGGGGAGCAGCCGUCCAUCUCGGGGACAUUUGGACUGAAAGGUCUUGUCAAAGCAGAGGACAAGGCAAAAGCCCAUCGAGCCAAGAAGUUGGAGGCAAACACCAACAUGGAGGAGCUGAAAAAGAAACCUCCAGGAGCUGGUGUGAAGAAGGAAACAGCUGUGCAUCUACCAGCAGCAAACCCCGAGGACCAGUGGCAGCGGGAGAUCAGCGAGAAGGGAGAAGUUGCCUGUCCAACCUGCAGUGUUAUAACCAGGAAAACUAUUGUGGGGCUCAAAAAGCACAUGGAUGUCUGCCAGAAACUGCAGGAUGCCUUGAAGUGUCAGCACUGCAAAAAGCAAUUCAAGUCCAAAGCUGGGCUGAAUUACCACACCAUGGCUGAACACGUCAGCAAGCCUGUUCCUGUGGAAACCACUGGACUUGGUGAACAGGAAGAGCGGGAAAGGCUGAGGAAAGUGCUAAAGCAGAUGGGAAAACUGAAAUGCCCCAAUGAGGGCUGCAUGGCCAACUUCUCCAGCCUGAUGGGCUACCAGUACCACCAGAAGCGGUGUGGGAAGCAGCUCACCGAGGCUGACAAGCCUGUCUUCAGCUGUCCACACUGUGGCAAGAAGUACAAAUCCAAGGCUGGCCAUGACUACCAUGUGCGGUCAGAACACACGGCCUCAGUGAGCCCCCCGGACGCCUCCACAGCCCGAGGAGCGGGGCCAUCCACCCCGGGGGGCGACUGCAGAGCUGCAGAGCCUGUGGGCAGGACAGAGCCAGGCAGGGCCAGGCCGGGCAAGCCUCCGGAGGAGCCAGAGGUGAAGCCAGAGCCCACCCCCAUAGAAGAUUUUGAAAGGACCCCGAGUGGCCGCAUCCGUCGGACAUCAGCCCAAGUAGCCGUCUUCCACCUUCAGGAGAUUGCGGAGGACGAGCUUGCCAGGGAUUGGACCAAGCGGAGGAUGAAGGAUGACCUGGUGCCUGAAACAAAGCGGCUCAAUUACACCCGACCGGGGCUUCCAAAACUCAAUCCGAGGCUGCUGGAAAACUGGAAGAACGAAGUGAAGGAAAAGGGCCACAUCAACUGUCCCAACAACUGCUGUGAAGCCAUUUACUCCAGCGUCUCGGGUUUGAAAGCUCACCUGGCCAACUGCAACAAGGGCGACCACUCAGUGGGCAAGUACCGCUGCCUCCUGUGCCAGAAGGAGUUCAGUUCCGAAAGCGGGGUCAAAUACCACAUCAUCAAGGCUCAUUCAGAGAACUGGUUCCGAACCUCUGCAGAGGCCAGCCGGAAAAAGAAAAACAGGGAACAGCUUUCUUCCAGCAAGGAAGAGAAAAAAAAAAGCACAAGCGGGAAGAAAAGGGGGAGAAAACCCAAGGAGAGGCCUCCAGAAACGUCCCCAAAGGGCAGAGAGAGUGUGGCAGCAAAGACUAAUCACAAGAAAACCCUCGAGCACUGGGAAGGCUCCCGAGGCAGCCCCGACAGGGACGAGCGUGUCCCCAAGCUCCCGAGCCAGCGGAAGGGGGGAGCCAGUAAGAUGCCCGAGAAAUGAGCAGCUCAGAGACUCGUCUCCGAGGAUUCGUUUACAGCCCAGGGUAACAGGGUGGGGGUCUCUCCCAGUUUUCUGUCCCCCCCAUCCCACCUCCCCCCCACCCUCCACUCACCCCUUUUUACAAAAAAGAAAAACAAAAAAAAAGAGACAGAAAAUACCAAUUAACCACUUUAAACAAGUCACAGACCUUGUUUCACACUGGAAAACAAACAGGAUCAAGCAAGCUGGACCGUUCUCCACCCCCCGCCCAUGUACAUACCCCUCUGCCUGCACCCCUGCCUGGCAGGACCCUGCUGCCUUCCCCCCUCGCCCUGCCCGUGACUUCCCUUCUUACUCCCUGCGCCAAACUGGUGACACUUGAGCGAAAGAAAAGUGCAAUAGCAGUGGGGUCCCCUUGGAUGGGGUCUCUCUGCAGCUGCGUGCCGGAGCAGGGGGCUGCCCGCGGCAGUGCUGCCUGCCUGUCUGGGCAGCCUCCGGCGGGCUCCAGCCUCCCAGUGCAGGCAGCACCUGCAUCCCUGCUCCCAGGACAAUGUUUCCAAAGAUGUUUGACCCAUGCAAGCGGCCGAGUAGGGGCAGAGGGAUGGCAGGGUCUGGCAGUUGAUGCGCUGGGGGUCCUGGUCAUGCAUUCCUCACAGCCUCGGGCUGAGAGGGAACGUGCUUCGGCGGGGACCGGCUGCGUGGUGAGUUGGCUGUGUGGCCAGCACAGUGCAGGGGUUUGUCUUGGCAGCGCAAGGCACAGGCAGAGGAGCGAGCAGGGAGCGUGGCAUGGGGCUGGCACAGCAUCGUCCCGAGAUGGCGGGGCUGGCCGUGGCUGUGAGAGGGGGUGCGGGAGGUGUGAGCACCCCUGGAAGGUGAUGGGAGAGGGGGUUGCUGUAGGACGGGUCAGGUUGGAGGGCCUAACCUAAAGUUGUGGGAGUGCCGUGAGCACUGUGGAGCAUCACGGUGAGACCGUGGCAGGGGUGUGAUGGAGGGAGCUGCGCCCCAGUGCUCAAGUUGUCUUUGCAAAUGUAGCUGGACGUGGAGCACCGCAGCGGCAACGGCAAUGCCGCGAUGGCAGUGCUGGGGUCAGGGUGAGCCAGCAGCCGUUGAGCUGCCUGACCAGCACGGGCAGGUCCAGCUGGCAGAAAGGGCGAUUCAGGGGCCCCAUCGCACCCCAUCCCAAAGGUGCUGAUUGCCCAGGAAGGACAAACGGGGUUUCGGUCACCCAGCUGCAGCUGCGGGAUGGGACAGGGACAGGGGGCAGCAUCAAGUGACAAUCAUGGGUCCUGCUUUACAGCAUGUCGCACUUGCCUUGUCCCUCCAGCUGGGACCCACCGUGGGGUGAGUCUUGGCCCACCCAUAUGCAUCCAAGCCCCCAGCGUCUUCCUUGGGGGUAGGGAAGUCCAUGCAUGGUGCGCUGUCCCUCGCUUGCUCUCUUUCCCCGGGCUUUUAUUUGCGUCUGUACUAAUACCAUCGUUAACACCUCGCUCUGGCCUGGAGGGAACCAUCCCUGGACCAGGAUGUGUCUGUCUCCAGACAAAAACCAGGCUACCUCGGUCCUUGUGAAACAGGCACGUUUUCUCUUGGUAACAGAACAGAAAAACCUUAAUUCAAUUCUUUUCCCCAAUGCAGGAGUCAGGAAGGUGGAGUCGGGGGGAGGAGAGCUUCUGCUUUUACUUUAAUCAAUUAAAACUUCUAACCCUCAGUUUCCUUCGCCACUCUUCACUGCCCGUCCUCCGCCCGCCGGAGGCUCAGUAUCAUUUCCCUGCUCUGAGGAGCCACUCAGUAAUAAUUAUCAUCCUUCUCCACUGGCAGGUUAUUACAGCCACGGAGGGAGGGAGGGUACGGCGGUGUCUGAAGCCAGGGUGGGUUCUCGGGGGAGCCGAUGCUCCUGCUCCGGCUGCGGCUCCCGGCAGCCGGAUGCCACCACCUGCAUCACCCGGCGUGCUCGGCCACGAGCUGGGCACGUGCCUGCAGGCAAUGGAACCCGUCCGAGCACUGCUAGUUGCGCCAGAUUUUGAAGCAAUUAGUAAGAAAGCUUAAUUAGUUGCUGCGGCUCAGCCUGUUUGCUGCUUGCAUUCCAUCCAAUCUUUGUUUUGAUGGUGUCGCCGAUACAAAUCCUGCCUCCCCAGGGAAGGGAGGAGAGCUUCAGGAACUGUAGGACCCACGCUCUCAGAGCCAUCUCAGUCUUUGUCACGAUGGGGACGUGGGGACGCUGUCCUGGCAAUGGCAUUUUGCUGUGCUGAGCCCGAGGGAUGGCGCUGGGUGCGUGCAGAGCUCCACACCCGCUUGCCAAAGCAAUAACCACUGGAAAGGUCAGUGAGGAGGGACCCCUGCACCCAAGGAAGGUUCUUGGGGGCACACCAUGGCUGUUGGGGGUGUAGGCAGUGGCAGGAUGGGGAGAGCAGGCAGAGCUGGGGACCUGGCACAGAGUUUGGCACCAAAAUUUCUGUGAAGGGGUGGAGGGAGCCGCUGGAUCCCGAAACCCCUCCAUGGGGGAAACGCCCUGGCAAAGCUCCUGGCCCGGGGAGGGGGGACCCACAUGGCCCCGGCUGCUGGUUUGGAUGGUGACCUUAUAAUCCCACCACCUCCCCUUGGGGAUAGCACAGGGCUCGAUUCUCAUUAACAUGCAAUUAAUUGGCUUCUCAUUGAUUAAAUUAACAGCCAGCACUGUGCUCCAUGCUGAGGGUGAGCCCCGGUGCAGGCGCUCGGCCAGGAGCUACUUGGUGCAGGAGACCUGGCGAAGGGCUGACUUAGCAGGGGGUCAUUUUGGGGUCUGGCUCGAAACCUGUCCAGCUGCUUCAGUAACAAGAGUGUCUCCAAGCGAGUGUCCUGGGAGGAGCGAGGGGCAGGAGCGGGGACAGCCGCAGUGGCAUCGUGGGGACGACACAGUCUCAGAGGGAACCCCAGGGACGGUCUGGGGUCUCGGGGCAGGUGAUGGGCUCAGGGCAGUGGGGCUGGUGGUCCCGGUGCUGGGGCUGUCCCCCAUCACCCUCAGAGCUGGGAGACACUCCUCGCAGCCCCUGUGAAAGCAGCGCCUUGGUCAAAUGGAAAUUUUUAUGAGAAAGUGAACUCUUCAGGGUUUUUAUCCCCCCUUAAAAGGUAUUUUCCCCCCAGUAGUCAUCACUCAAGAGGAAUAUAUUCUCCCACCACCACCUUCUCCAUGAAAGAUCUUGUAGUCUCCUGCUUGUCCAGGGAAGGCUCCAGAGCGAUACCAGGAAUACUGGCAGCUGCCUGCCCCACGGCAUGUGAGCUGGCAGGGACGAGCCGUGGUGGCAUCACGGGAGCCUGUUGGGUUGUGCCUGGCAGGUUGUGCCCAUCAGGUUGUGCCCAUUGGGUUGCUCUUGCGUUGUGCCACUUGGGUUGUGCCCGUUGGGGUGCUCCCGCUGAGGCAGCGACUUUGGGGGGGAAACUCAACCCAGAGGGGCGGGCAGAGGCUGCAGGGCGUAAUGGGGGACAAGCACGUUCUCUCCCGUCCCCUUACCCAUGGGCAUUUGGAGACCCUCAGGUCUGGCAGUGUGGGACCCCCUGGGCCUGGCGUCCCUGCCGUCUGUGCACCGGCCAGGGGCCUGAGCACAGGGUCAUCCCUUGAGGCAGCAGGGAAUAACCUACGGUUAAUGUAAAGCCCCACAAAGGGGAGGGGUGGUGGGGAGCGGUGUCACCCCCACGGUCCCGACUCACUGCCUGGGGUGCUUGGGGCGGGGUGGCUCAUGGUAGGUAAAUGGGAGUGUGGGGACUGCGAGCAUGGUGGGGGCUUCGGGGCGGCUCCUCCAGCUGCAGCCCCGUUUGUCCCUGGGUGGCUCUGGGGACCGCAGCACCGCCGCUCUUGCAGCUCCUGCACCUCCACCGCUGCAGAGACCCGCCGUCCUGCCGCCCGUGCCCCUGGGGAAAGGGCUAAACCUCCAUGGGGACGGGCGGGCUGUGACCCCACGGGAAAACCUCAUGAGCCGUCCCCGAAAGCUUCAGUCACCAGGGGCUGCCAUGGGCGGGAAACCCUCGGCGUGACCAUGGCACGCUGGCGAGGUUGGCUGUGCUGCGCUGGCAGGGCAGGAAGCGAGAGCUGCCCCGGCCCGGAGCAUCACUCGCACCCACGAACGCUGGGAGUGCUUUGUUCUUUUCUUUCUCUCCUGGUGACACCCAUCCCACGGCAUAUCCGAAUGUUUCUCGUCAAUGCCAGUUAUUAGUGCAUAAGUGUAUUUUGGGGAAAAAAAGAAAAUGAAAAAAAAAGAAUUUUCAAUUUAUCACUUGUAACCAUAUAUAUAAAUAUAUAAAUAUAUAUAUUAAAAAGUGUUUAUUUGCAAAAAAUAAAAUUGUUUUAACAGUAAACUAUCUUAUAAUAAACUCCCGAUUUGUGACGAUCUGUUCUUUUGUUAAUCAUUGACAAAUCCUCAGUUGGAGAGUACUGUAACAGCAGCUCUUAACAGCCGCGCCGCCGAGCACCGCAGAGGGGUAACUCGAUGUACUGUAUGUAUUAAAAACAGCUGUAUCGAAUAAAUGUUUAUUGAUUUUUUAUUA